AUGCCCGACCGGCCUCCGCCUCUGGUUGAAAAAUUUGAUGGCACAACGAAUCCAGAUCAUCAUUUGCGGAACUUCAUCGACUCCAUGGCUUUUUACACUCAAAGUGACCCAUUAAAAUGUCGGGCGUUCUCUCUAUCACUAAGGGGUGAAGCCCUAGAGUGGUAUUACACCCUUCCACCCAAUUCGGUGGAUAGUUUCCGCACGCUGAUGGGCAUGUUCAAAAAGCAAUACUCCACCAACCGAUACGAGGAGGUUACUGCGGCCGAGUUAGUCAAUCUCAGACAGGGGAAAGACGAAACUCUCAGAGCCUUCAUGCAUCGAUACAAUCACGUCGCUCGGAGGAUAAAAGGUGACAGCCCUGAAUUCAUCAUUAGUAGUUUGCCCAAUUGCCUAAAAGCGGGAUUCGUCUCUUAA